AUGGCUUUACCAAAAAGUAACUGCCGCGUCUUAAGCGACAACUCUACGGAAGGCGUUAUGGGGCAAGACGCAUUCUCCUACACUUAUGCGACUUUCAUGGCACUCUUCUGUCUUCUCUGCUUCAUAGGAAACACUCUAAAUUUGGUGGUGCUUCGAAAGCUGACCAACAUAAGUGCACCUCGUAAAGUAGUGUUCUCCUUCCUGUCCUUAUCCGACUUUUGUACGGGUAUUGGUUGGGUACCUUCGGUUCCAGCAGUGGUUCUGAAGGCAUUUCCAUUCGGUCGAGGAUUCUGCGUGUUCUGCUUUUACCUGAUAAUCACGAAUCUGGGUAUAUCCAUCUUCCUUCUUCUCCUUGUCACCUUCGAUUGCUUCAUUGCUGUGGUAUACCCCUACAGAUAUGCAUCCAUGAUCACCACGUUCAGGGUCACAGCAGUAUCUGUCCUUGUUACCAUCGGUUACUACCUAGGAAUGCCCAUUCUGAUGGGAAUAGGUAUUUCUGGAGCUUUCUCAGAUAUCGAAUUUUACCCAAGCGUUGGCAUUUGCUUCGUAAGCUACCGUUCAAAGGGACUCCUAACUUACAGCGUUUACGUAUUUUCAUACGUCCUUAUCUUGUUCGCAAUUCUAAUGACCAUCAUGCAAGGCAUGGUUGCCAAUGUUUCCAGGAAACAGGCACGUCGCAUUGCAGAAUCCGAAGGUCGGUUCCGGGAAAGCGCCCUCACCGAUGUCAAGGACUCCAACCGUGGCACUGAGCGCAACGGUGCUCAAGGUCCACUUCACAUACCGCGUCGCCGUCAACAAUCAGAGCUAAAGGGCGUCCUCGUCUGUAUCGCAGUUUCUGCAUCUUUCUUCGUUUCGUGGUUACCGACGGCUGUGUGGCAAAUUUACACAAUUCAGAAAGGAAGAUGUGUAAAUCCUGCGAUUCUGAUCGUCAUGACUUUGUUUUCAUCUUCGCAAUGUUGGAUUAAUCCCUUUAUAUACAUGAUAAUGAAACGGAGCUACAGGGAACAAGUUAACAAGAUACUGGAUGGGGGUGUCAAGCGAUGUCAAAAACAACAUGAUCAAUUCUAAUUUACAUAUCUUAGUAAAUAAUGCGGGCAUCCUUCCUAGAGGGAUUCAAUGCUAAAAGCAUUGUGGAAUCUUGCCACAAAGAGCUGGCUGACUCUGCAUAAUGACAAAAUAAUAAUAACACUGGUAGCACAUCUAAUGUCAAGU